AUUCACUAUCAAAUACUAAAUAAUCAAUUAGAGUUAAUCUUAGAUUCCAUUAGGAAACUUGUUGCAGAGUGACAUUGCAUGAGUUGCCUUGGGCUUAUCAAGCGCCUUUACUAUUACUGUAAUGCUGUUAGAUAUGCCUACUGAAAAGCCAGCCACCCUGCAUCUACCUAAAUUUGUGGAAAAAGACUAUAUAAUCAGUUGAAAGAAAGUCACCGUUACUGGUGGCCAGUCUCAUAAUUGGUAUGUUGAGCUUGUUGAUGAGCUACUACAUCAAACCAAUUCGACCGAAACCUUUUAACAGCUUUCAUAAGAAUUGAAAAUGCCUCUAAGAAGACAUCAACACUUACUUAGACUGGCCAGACACAUUUUUACGUCCAGCAGCUUUAAUAGGAUUAUUAAUAUAAAAGGCAACGAUGAAUUUCUAUCAAAAGUUAUGAACUCAGAAAACCCGGUGAUAGUAAACUUUCAUGCCGAAUGGUGCGAGCCGUGCCACAUAUUAACGCCGAAAAUGAAAGAACUGAUAGAACCAAUGAGUGAUAUCGAUUUGGCAAUAAUUGAUGUGGAAAAUAACGCGGAAUUAGUGCAUACAUUUGAAGUUAAGGCAGUACCGGCCGUGAUAGCAGUACGAAAUGGACUGGUAGUUGAUAAGUUUAUUGGAUUAGUUGAUGCCACUAUGAUUGAAAACUUAAUUAGAAAACUUGGACAAAAAUUAUAGUGGAUUUGUAUGAUUUAACGCGAAUGUUAUGGAGUGGUUUUUAGUGUCAUUGUUCAACAGGGUUUUUUGCAGUUGGCAAUUCCAAGGAAUGUAUAAAUAAAUGUAUUUACAGUU